UCGGUCGGUGAUAGAAGUUCUUUUGUUUGUGCGUAGUCUGGGCUUCUAUGCGGAGAAGCUCUCAGGCGCUCCUUGAUUCCAACCAGCUGUUUCCCGCCUCGAGACACAGGAUCAGCUGCAAACACACACACACACGUAGUAGGCGGAGGCGAGGCGCCACACACGUACAGGGAAUCCCGCAUCAGCUGUAAGACAUAGCUACUAUACCGUUAGCUAUCCUUAAACAACCUCGAAUAACUGUGCGAUUAAGGCUUAUAAUUUUGCGAUGUGCAAGCAAGCAAAGUGAGAGGACCCGGACCGCAUUUUUGUGCAUCAAGAACGAAAGUAACAACAUCAAAUUUACGGACUUAACAGGGUGUCUUGGAAAGCAUGGAAUAUUUCAUGAUGCCAACCGAGAAGAUCCCGUCCUUACAACAGUUCAAGAAAUCUGAGAAAGAUGUUAUCGGGGGUCUGUGUAGCCUGGCCAACAUCCCCCUCAGUCCAGAGACUGCCCAGGACCAGGAGCGACGUAUCCGCCGGGAGAUCGCCAACAGCAACGAGCGCCGACGGAUGCAGAGCAUCAACGCAGGGUUCCAGUCCCUGAAAACACUCCUGCCCCACACCGACGGGGAGAAACUCAGCAAGGCCGCUAUCCUGCAGCAGACGUCAGACUACAUAUUUGCCCUGGAGCAGGAGAAGACACAGCUGCUGCAGCAAAACAACCAGCUGAAACGCUUCAUUCAGGAGUUCAGCGGCUCGUCGCCCAAGAGGAGGCGGGCGGAGGAGAAGGACGAGGGGAUUGGCUCCCCAGACAUCCUGGAGGAGGAGAAGGGGGAGGAGCUGAGGAGGGAGAUGCAGGAGCUGAGACAGCAACUGGAGAAGGAGCGCUCGGCUCGCAUCAUCCUGGAGGAGCAGGUGCGUUCCCUGGACAGCCACCUGCACCCGGAGCGUCUCAAGGUGAUCACCCAGCAGGUGCAGGAGGAGCAGGUGCAGCUUCAGACCCAGACCCUGCUGAGACUACAGCAGCUCCACCAGCAGGCCGACACAAACACACACAGCUCCAAGGUGAAGGCCCCCACCACACCCCCAGCGCCCACCCACCACCCCACGGUCAUCGUCCCCGCCCCCACGCUAUCCCUCCACCCGCACCACGUCACCGUGGUGACCAUGAGCCCCCCCGUCAACACCAACACGGUGUCCACCUCCCGACAGAACCUGGACACCAUCGUACAGGCCAUCCAGCACAUCGAGCGUACUCAGGAGAGGAGGGGCAGCGCCGAGGAGGACCAGAGACGAGCCGUCAUCGUCAGCCCCGCCCACGUCGCCAUGGAUACGGCAUGCUCCGACACCGCCACCGACACAGAGGGGGAGGACGACUGCUCGAUGAACUGACGUGUGUCUUGAUACACACACACACACAGACACGCCUCCCCCUAAACACACCCAUACACACACAUUGUAACAGACUUGAGUUGAUUCCCUCCGGUCGAGCCGACUACUUCAUUUGCGCAAAAAUGCGUUUCGUUGGCAUUCUAGAACCCCUCCCACCCACACCAAGGCUCCAACCUUGCCCAGGAGUUAAGCUCAGCCAAUCACGUACUGUAAAAAAAAAAAAACACAACAACAAAACAAACAACAACAAAAAAAAAAGGUCACAAAAACAACAAACGGAUGAAGAUAGACGACAUCAAGAUGGCCGCCAAAACAGUAGGAUCAGGAUCACUACCUAGGCAGUGUCAUAGUAUCCACAUUCUCUUUACUGGGACCGGUAACCAGGUGGACAUUCUAGUGUGCAGAACAUUUGUGUUCCUUUCUUUGUGAGAAAGGAGAGCAAGCGAGGGGGGGGGGGGGGGUCAAACGUGACCUCCACUGUUGUUAGGCAACAGCUCCCCUCGCGGUCCCGUACCCUGUUGUGUUUUAAAAUAGAAGUGUGUGCUUUAUACAAUCUCUGUCGCCAGUAUUGCCAGUACUGCAGGUGAACACCAACGUUACAGAGAGCUUGAAUGUAACUGUUAUUUGUUAUUAGUUCUUUUUCUGUUUUUUUUUUGUUUUCUUUUUUUUUUUGUAGAAACCCUUAAUUUCCCUCUCAUCCCAGUUAAAAUACAAUGCAGCUCCUUCUUCCAAAGGGGACUUAAGGGUUGCACUUCUUUUACAUUAUUACCCUUUUGAACAUCCCCCUAAUUGGUUGUUGCUAAGUUCAAGCUAAUGCUUGCAUAAGGUUAGCCGACAUGCAAAUGCAUUGGUAUUUUUUCUGGUAAUGAUUUAAUUGGCAUGCUAAAUCAGUUAGCAAUAAGCUAAUGUAAGCCAAACCGACUAGCAUCUAAGCUAGCUGAUGUUUGGCUCGUUGUCCGGUUAGAUAUGACUGAAUGAUGCUGAACACUGGUCCAAGUUGACCCUCUGAUUAAUGUGUGGAAGGAAAUUGAACGUGCAAAAAAAUCUUUAUUUUUUACCAGCGUGAAGUAAUAAGCUGUUCCAAUGGUUUACAUAAGCAAGCCUGGGAUCAUGGCUCUGAUUUUCUAAAUUAAUAAUAGUUCUGUUGUCAGGGUUACGGAAUGUACAAGCUGAAAUGGAAGAAAAAAUAAAUAAAUGAAUUUGUCACAAGUGGGAAGAUCACCCCAACGACCCACCUCCCAAAAAAUGAAAAACCUUAGGCUAUCUAUAUUUUGUUUUUAUUUGUUCCGGUGACUAUGCACUAGAGUUUUUGCUGUGUAUGCAAUCCCAGCUCCAUCUACAUGAGUUGGUGUGUGAAUAGCUGAAACGUGUUGGCUCGUUAAUCUAUGCACCCACAGCGCACGUGUGUGAGACCUCUUGCAUACAUGCUUACCUUGACUGAUUGUAGUCUCCUUUCCCUCUCGUGGUGCUCUUAGUCAUCCUGGUGCUGAGCUGCCUAGCAACACUCAUAUCUCCCUCCCCCCCCUCCCCCCAAUAAUCUCCCGCCUGAUCCCGACAUCACUUCAGUUUGGCGCAGAAAUGUGGGACAACACCUUUAAGACUCUUGACCGCCCCUUUAAAUGUGUAGGUAGAAAAGCUGCUAUAAGCCUUCUGAUAUGGGAUGUGCUCUAAGAUGGUGAUGUUUUCACACCUGUGGCCCAGGUGUGCUGCAGGACCUCUGUCUGCAGAACCAGCACACGCCAGACCACUGGAACCUUCCCCACAAGCCGUUCUAAUGGACGACAGAUUGAUAUCGAUGUGGCAACACACAUUCUUAUCCUCCCUCCUUCCCAUCGCUCACCCUCUUUGUUCAACCCCCCCUUUGCCCCCCUCCCUCCCUUCACUGUUGUUUUGGUCGUUUACUUGGGAACAGGACUGGAAUUCCUGUUAGAAAUUAUUAUUAUCUAUAAAUUUUUUUUAAUGUGUUUCCUUCUGUUUCUUGUUCUCCAGUUUCCAUGGUAAUAUGCUGAUAUAAUGCUGUAAAAAAAAAAAAAAAAAAAAACAUUCCAUUUAUUUGGACUUGUAGAAAACGUCUUCACCUUCUUGUUUUGUUUCAAACCAGACUAACCAAUGUCCUCUUGCCAAUUGUGUGUGUUGAUUAUUGCUAUAUUCUUUAUUUUGAGAAAUAUGUGCUGCCCUUUUUGAUUUUUGUUUCUCGGGGGUGGGGGGGGGGUUAUGGUUGUUUUCUAGUCAUCCUUGACAGUUGAUCUCUCUUUCUUGUCUGGGUGUCUGUUGGAAGGUCAGAGGAAACUUGAUUUUAUCCACAGGGACUACAUCUUCAGAUACGGUUAGAAUAGUAGCUACCUAUUGAACACAGCAGUAAUCUCGUGUUGUAAUUUGAAGUACUUUUCUUUCAGUCUUUUCAAAUCUCGUGUCAUCUCAUUCCCUCCUUUUCCUCCUUCCUCGUCUCCUAAACGAAAACGCGAGGAGAAACUCCCUGAAUGCAGUUUAAGAGCGAAAGAGAUGGGGUUGAGAUGGAACACAAGGGUGUGGGGGUGAAACCAUGUCCUCCUGUGUGUGUCGCGUAGGAGGAGAUAUGGGAGAAGAUACAGAUAUGAAGCACUUGCUGUUCUCAACUGCCUGAAUCAACAACACAGAAAGAUUUUGACCAGGUUUUGUUUAGAUUUGUCUUAAGAGCUCUUUGCUGGGAUCUUAAUCGACCAGCUGUGUCUUUAGUUAAUUUCUUCUAUCCUUCCAUCUUCAAAUCUUUCUCUCUUUCCUAUCAUCCAGUGUCCCAUUCUUUUUAAAUUACAGGCCUUUUUAUAUAUUUUUUUGUUUUCAGAUUUUUUUCAUCUGUCAGUCGAGGUUGAUGAGAAGCUGUUAUAUUUUGUUAAAAAAAACAUGGGAAACAGGCCUUUGUAAAGACAAAAAAUAAUAAAAUUUGUACUUGGUUUUUUAUUA